GCAAAUCAAUACAGCAUCGCACGGCGAACCUCUGCAGACACAUGUGUCUUUUUUCAGUAGACUUUAUCGAGUGUGAAUAGUUUGGACUGUGUUGUAAGUUUUUCUUCCAUCAGUGGGACUUGUUGCAUUUAAACAGAGUGACAUUGUAUUUAUCCAGAUACAGGUCAUAUCUGUUAUUAACUGUCAUGCUGCUCCGGGUGUGGGCCAAACUCCCGUGGUUGCUCGCGCAGAUGCUCGCCAUGCUCUACUCCACUGAACAGGCGCGUGCGAAAAUAAACUCCAUCUCAACGGUGCUGCUCCGGGAGUCGCACGCGACGUCAGCCUAUAGGAGCACGGGUUCCCCGUUACCCGGCACCGUGAGGAAGAGCAGCAAGGUCCCCGACCAGGUGUACCCCUGUGGCAGCGACCUGGAAUGUGGCAAGGGGAGCUUUUGCCAGGCUCCGUCCAGAAACCCCUCCCCCCAACGAUGUCACACCUGCCGACAGAGGAAGAGGCGUUGUCAUAGAGAUGCCAUGUGCUGCCCCGGCAACCAUUGUAGAAACAAUAUCUGUACCCCUCUCCCAGACAGUGUGAUGACACAUCAUAUCACUGAGUUAGAGGAACACACCAGACUGCCCCCAAAGAAGAAGGUUGGUUGGAAGAAGAGAGGGAGAGGUCAGACCAAGCUGCCCCCCAUCAAAGGUCAGCUGGGUGACCCGUGUCUCAGGUCUACAGAAUGUUCUGCAGGCCUGUGUUGUGCCCGUCACUUCUGGGACAGGAUCUGUAAGCCAGUGCUGAAGCACGGGGAGGUGUGUACGCGGCACGGCAGGAAAGGACAGGAGCUGUUCCAACGUUGUGACUGUGGAGAGGGACUGGCCUGCCAAGCACUCCGUACAGCCCUGCCAUCUUCCUCACCAUCAUCGUCAUCGAAGUCGAUAGCAGCAGCAGCUAAAGCAAGAUUGUACUUGUGUCAGAGGGAGUGAGGAAAGGAGUGAGGGAAAAAGUGAGGGAAGGAGAGAGUGAGAGAGGGAGGGAAAGAGGGAAAGAAAAUAAAGACUCAACCACUGCCCCAUCAGCUCCAUCUUCCCCCGAUGGAGAGGAGGAGGAGUCACUUGGAGAAGAGACCUCUAUCUCUACCUGUAGACUGACUGCCCUGGAGAAGAGACCUCUAUCUCUACCUGUAGACUGACUCACCUGGAGAAGACACCUCUAUCUCUACCUGAUACAUGUAUCACUAGCCACUUUAACUAUGCCACUUUGUUUACAUACUCAUCUCAUAUGUAUAUACUGUACUCGAUACCAUCUACUGCAUAUUGCCUAUGCCGUUCU